AUGAUAAACGCGCGGUGCCGCGAUGAAUUAACACCACGAUGCAGCGCCACGAAACUAUUCGCCAAGGCUUCAAGAUGCUCGUGCAUCUUUAAUAAACUCGACCCGGUCAGUUUUCAGGAUCCCCGCGAAGUAGAAGUCAGCAGGCUGGGAGGUCGGCUGAGCGAGGUGGUGGGUCCCGUCGUGGAGGAGGCCAUCGAGCCAGGGGAUGCCACCCCGUUGACGGGACCCUCGAGGGAGUCCUCGGUUCCCCGAGCCCCCCCGCCACCCCCACAUCGCGUCACCACAUUGAAACCACCGAGACCUCCGCCCACUACGUCUCAGCAAACACAGGAUCCGGGUCAUCAGACCCAGGAGGUGAACUCGGACGCUCAGAAUCCGGGUCAUCAGGCCCAGAAUCCUGGACAACAGACGCAGAAUCCGGAACACCAGAAAUCUCAGAACCCGGAUCGCUCGAGCCAGAAUCCAGGCCACUCGGCCCAGAACCCGGCCCAGAACCCGGCCCAUAAUCACAAUCCUGCCCAACAGACCCAGAGAACAGAGCAACCAGGUCAGAACCCAGGUCACCAGGCUCACAAUCCUGGCCAUCAGGGUCAAAACCCGGCCAACCCGAGUCAGAACCCAGGUCAUCAGUCGGCGAAUCCGGGUCAUCAGACUCAAAAUCCUGGACAUCAGCCCCAAAACGUGAGACAACAGAGUCAAAAUCCCGGUCAUCAGGCGACGCAGACGCAACAACAACCGCAGCCACCCCCGCGUGACAGACGCGGUUCCGUGUAUCCACCACCGGGUCAUCAGCAUCCCGCUGAUUUCACGUUGAACAAUUUCAAUUACGAGCAGUUGAACAACGCGAAGAACCGAGAGAAUAAAAGCGGCGUUGCUACGGUGGCGCCGGCGCCGCCUACGAAUCAUCCGCCUACGAACAAUAACUCGUUGCAAAACAAUAAUAUCAAUCUGAACAACAACGACAAUGCGAGAAUCAUCUCGGAGAAGAACGCCCUCGAGAAGAACCUGAAGAAACACUCGUUGUUCAUAAACGCGUUAUCGUGGAAACGGUUCAGCACGUCGAACAACAACAAGAAGAAGCUCGACAAUAAGAACAAAAACAUUGGGUUCAGGCAGCCGCUCGAUAACAUACCCAUCGUCGAUAAGAAUAAGAACAUACAGACGCCUCAGCAGACGAAACCGCCGGCGUCGAACAACAAUCACAACACGCACAACCCGACGUGCGAGAAGCUCGUGCAGAAGCCUUUGCCUCCGAAGCCAAGGAAAACCGUGAUCCAGGCAUCGACCUCGGAAUUGCUCAAAUGCCUCGGCGUCUUCCUUCACAGGAAAUGCACCCGUUUAAGAGACUUCCAGGCUGGCGACGCUGUCAUGUGGCUGAGGACCGUCGACAGAAGCCUACUGCUUCAAGGAUGGCAGGAUGUCGCGUUCAUCAAUCCCGCCAACGUUGUGUUCAUUUAUAUGCUGGUGAGAGAGUUGGUCGACGGAGACGAGGCUUCCGAAAGGGAGCUUCAAGCAACGGUUUUAACGUGCCUCUACUUGAGCUACAGCUACAUGGGGAAUGAGAUCAGCUAUCCCUUGAAACCGUUCCUCAUCGAGGACAGCAAAGACAAGUUCUGGGAUAGGCCUGCGGUGCUGGGGAUCGAGGCAGUCUGCCUGGUACCGGCCUCGAGCGGAGCCUCGUCGUCUCCGGAGUCGCAGUACCCACCAAGGCGGCUUGACGGAGCUACACACACUUGCUGGUGCGCAUCGACAGGCACGGCUGCGACGUCACGACACUCUGACGACGGCCGUCGCGACGACGAGGAGCUGCCCCCGCAGCUUGACCCCUCCGCAUCGACCUCGACCUCGACGUUGCAUCGACAACCACAUCAGCAGCAGCAGCACCAACAUCACCAUCAUCAUCACCAUCAUCAUCAUCGACCUAGCCGCGACGAUGGGGAGGCUGGUGGCGGCCGAUGUCCGUCCUGCGGCCAGAAACGGCGGGAGGAGAUCUUGCUCGCCAUCGAGGACCUGGACGCGAUCGAGUCGGCGCCCCUCGAGGCCCAGAGAACGCCCACCACCCAGAGGACGUGCAGCUGCGACACGGUCGACCCGUCGGCCGCCGCGCGAGAUCUGCCCAAGUAUCGAAGCAUCGACUCGAGAUGGGCCGACGGCAGCUUCCUCUCACCCGACGAGCAGAUCUGGAACCUGAAGAAGCGCACCAGCGAGGGAACCGAGUUUCGAUGGGCCCUGCACACGUCCAGCACGGAUCUCGACCUGGCCAAGAGGACGAGAUGCAGCUGCCACAGCCUGACGCCGGAGGACAAGAAGUCGCAGGAGAUCCAGCGAGGCGAUCUCAGGAAACAUCACAGCGCGGAGACGGACAAAUGGUCGAUCAAGCCGGAUUAUUUGAAAACGCCGAUGCACGAUCUGAGGAAGCACAGCAGCGACGACACGAGAAUGGCGAGGGAGGCGAGGUGGCUUCAGGUCCCGGAGGUGUUGCCCAAUCCGAAGCCUAGGUGCACCUGUCCCAAGUCCAAAAUCCUGGCUCCCUCGCCGCCCGCGGAGCCGAAGAAGUCACCGGAACCGGAGAAGCCGACGAUAAAAAAGGAGGAACCGGAGAGGAAACUGUACUAUUCCGCGUCGAUGACGGUGGAGCGAAAGGAGGAGCCGGCGGUGGAGCCGGCGCCGCCUGAGAAACCGGAACUGAAGAAGCACGCCAGCGAAGACACAAGGCUAGUGAGGACCGAGAGGGUCAGGGAGAGACCGAAGCUUGAACGAUCGCACGCGAGGGUCGACAGUCAGACGUCGAAGAAAUGGGGGAUCAAGGAGAAGGUGAGCAGCCCCGACGAGGGGAAGAAGGCUCGUUCGAAAUGGGCCAUGAAAUCCCACUUCUCGUUGCCCGUCGAGAAGAAGGACUCCAAGUGGAGGAGUCAGGACUCCACCGAGGGUUUCAAGAGCAAGAGUUUGAAGGAACGGCCCAAGUACAGUAUUCGUAGGAGCAUGUCACCGGAGCCGGAUCCUCGACAGAUCACCAGAUUGGAGAACAGGAUCGUCCGAAGGUUGAUUUCCCCCGAGAUCACGAUCACGAACGCGAAAUGGGCUCCGUACGAGGACGCUUCGCCCCUUCCCACCAUAGGGAUCAAGAAACGGGAGCCGAAGCACAUCAGCGAGAUCAAGUGGACCCCUUACGACGGCUCGCCGUCGGAGGGGGUCGUGGGCGGAAGCUUCGCGGUCCAGGAGCCGGAGGAGCCGAAAUCCUGGUCGCCGUUCCACAAUGUAACGCCUACGCAUCAUCCACCUCCAGAGGCGACGCCUUGCAGAAGCGACGACGAGGACUUCCGGUGGAGGAUCCUCAACCAAGUGUCCGCGUUCCCGAUCUAUCAAGGCGGAUGGAAAGACGAAUCGCCGGAACGAACUCCUCCCAAGAAGAUACAGUCACCGGUGGAUCUGUCUCCGCCGAUCUGGUCUCCUCAGGUUCCCGCCAGUCCCGUGAAAAGGCAGAGAUCUCAACAACAACAUCAUCAUCAACAACAACAACAACAACAACAAUAUUCUCCGCAACCUGUACAGAGGAAGAGCUUGAUAAAGGGUCGUGGGUUGUCGAAGAAGAAGGCUCUACGGGCUAGGUCGGAGAGUCAUCAGGCCGAGGACAGAUUGAUGCCGCCCACAGUGAUCGUUCGCGCGGCUAGCGAGGAGGCGAAGAGCCGUCAGAGGCCCCAGUUGAUGAGAUCCAAGGCUUUGUUAGAGGUACCCGCCACGAUAGGGAUUGGGAAGAGAUCGUUAAGCGAGGAAGUGCCCCGCAUGCGUGCUCGUGAACGGGCACGUGCCCCUAAUAGAGCUCGCAGCGAGGAGGCGUCCAAGUACGAGGAUCCGUGGUUUGCUAACGACGGCUUGGGAGCUGAGAGGAAUACCGAGUUGCGGGAAUACGUGACGACGGUUUGAAAAGUGGGGGACGGUAGAAACGGUUGACGGUACUCGAAAUCGAAGCGAUGGUAUUUUAUAAUUAAUUUCACCCCUCUUCUCCUCCCUCCUUUUCAUUGGGACGAAUUUCGGUGCUCGAUGGGAGGGAGGGGAGGGUAGGGCAUGAUUUCGCUCAUGAUUAGCUUGCUUAGGUGUUUUGUACCGGUGUAGAACGUGUAUGUACGUUUGAAAGUUUGCGUGCAACUGCGAUGACAAGAUUAUUUUUCGUCUCCGUGCUGUUCCAACUUCGUUUCAAUUUGCCGCUUAUGCUUCACUUAUCGUCGACGCGUGAUGGAGUAUGGAGUAGCGCACUGCGAAUCGUACGGGAGAUUCACGAGAUUCACGAGAGCGAACCGAGAUGGAGAAGGAGGGAAUGGAAAGAGAGAGAAAGAGAAAGACAGAGGCAGAGAAUUUAGCGACGACUAUCCACACCGGCGCAAUUCUACAUCGUUGGCCUACGAAAACGAAGACUACUACUAACAGAAAGUUUCGAACACGUACCGAAAGAGGAAAUUACGAGGUAGUAAUCAGAAGAGUCAACGAUUUUUUCUGUGAAACAAAAAACGAGAAAAAAAAAUGUUAAGCUGAGGAUACACGCAAAAAAUCGAGGCAAGGGAUUAAGGAUAUUUGACGAAACUCAACUUCGCGUAGUAUAAAAUAACCUAAAUGUGCGCAUCACGGCAUUGGAAGGACUCAAAACGAAGAAUAUCGAGAAAAAUCAUAGCAACCCUCGUGUGUGAGCGCCCUUCUUCGAAUAAACGAGGAUACUUUCGGCUCGACGAUACUGAAAUCUUUUUCAGCGACGUUGACCGUUGAUGGGUCGAACCGUAAAUAUUCGAUUAAAUCCGACUUAACGAUAAUAAUACGAGCUUAGAUCUUUAAGUAUAGUUGAUAUUAAAUACCGAAUGAAAAAAAAAAAAGAAGGAAAGAAAAGUUGCAAGAACUGUGCGGUUUGUCAUUGAUCAAAGAUCGGACAGAAAUCGAAAGGGGGAAAAAUCGAAACAAGUCGAAUGGAAAGGAAGAUGAAACGUAACGAACGAUACGAUUCAAGUGCAUUGUGAGAGUUAGGUGUAGAAUCGGUCUCGUUCCAAGGAUGAGACGAAAGUAUUUAAAAAAAGUUCGUUCGGUGAGUCGUCGGGGCUCGACGAGAAGGACACCUUUGUUACACCGUUCCUUUCUGUUUUCCGCGAACAAGAAGAAUCAAUCGCGUGAACGUAUCGUCGCGUUGUAGUGAAAAAGAUAGCAGAUCCUUCCAGGAUCUGGAAGAUCUGAUUCGUUCGCCAAAUGCAUAAUACGCAUAAUUAAGUUCAUACAUGAAAUAAAAAAAAAUAAUAAUAAUAAUAAAAGGGGACCGCUAUCUGAGGUAAAACGACAUUUAGCGAUCCCCGUGUGCCGGCGCGUGCAAUAUUAAUUAGGAUUACAUUCAUUGAAUAGCCAUUUAAGAAUGGGGUACUAAGAUUUAAGAAAUGGAGAGAAAAAAAAAGGAGAAGCAACUAAUCCACGUUAUCGACGGCUGCACGUACUUAUUAUACGAUUUAUGAGGUAUGUUUUUUCAGUAGCGAAAACAUUUUUCCAUUGACUGGUAUUUAAACCGUGGAAUCGACGAACUCGCGGCUCGUCGAGGAUUUUCGAGUACUGUAUACAUAUUGUAAAACGCAUAUAUGCUCUCUGUACACACGUUCGUCGGUCUCUUGCCGCUUUCCUGGCCGCGAUACUCGAUCGUUUUAGAUUUUUGAUAUUAUUGCAAAGGAGAUUCAGAGACGUUUCUCUGGUGAACGGAGGAAGCCUCGAUUGAAAGUGCAUUUUGUAUUUCGAUUUCAAUACACAUCCGAUUCAUCCAUCGGUCUAUGCUAUAUACCGACUAAAAACAGUGCUUCGAAACGUGUCACGUGAACAUUUACACGGGAAAAACAUGGACACAGAGAAUCAUAGGACACGAGCAUUUUUAUUCACGAGGCACUUAGCAUGCGUGUUACUUUGUGAUGUUCGAUAUACUCAAAGUAAUAUGCACGUUAACUGCCGAGAACAUUUUCCAUGCAUAUUUACAACAGAGAUACUACUUACAUGGAUACACGCAUACACAUACACACAGAUUUUGUACAUAUUUUUAAUAAUGUAUGAUAGGUAUAAUUCUAAAUUGUACGAGGCAAACUUAUGUAUCUAACAGCACAGUUGUGUAAUGCGCGUGAUCGUAAUUAUAUCGCGUAUGCCAAAAGAAGGAAAAAAAAAAGAAGAAGAUAGAAAGAUAAAGGAUAAAAAUGAAGCGUGUUUUGUUAAAAAAAAAUGAAUUUUUUGUAGUAACUCGGGACUUCCUCCCAAACGACUUCGGAUCCGAAUUUUUUCGUUUGAUCGUUCAUUUCCCUCGCGGUUUCUCGAUGUCGUCUCGUGUUGAGAACCUCUUGCAAGCACCAUAGAAGCGGUUCUAUGUCGCUGAUGUCUGGAAUAAAAGAAAAGAAAAAAAUCUAAAAAAAAAAAAAAAAUACAAAAUCUUGCGGGAGUUAUAUUAUUCUAAUAAUUCUAAUUGGCCGUACGAAUAAAAAUCGAUGCUUCCGGUUCGAUAUUCGAGAACGAAAAUGAUAACUUCAAAACUUAGUCGUUCCUCGAGAUCGAGAUCGAUUCUGUUGUUUACUCGUGCGGCUCUUAGCGCUGUCGGUGCAAAAAGAAACAAAGAAAAAAAAUUAAAAAAAAAAAGAAAAAAAUAGAUACAAAGAGAAAACUCACAGAGAUAAAAAUUAUUUUCUAAAGAAUAAAAAAAAAAGUAUAAAGUAAGAAAGAAGGAGAGAAAGGAAUCGAGAGAAAGUGAGAGAAAGAGAGUAUGAUAGAUUUAAAAAAAAUAAUAAAAAAAAAGAGAGAUUUAAUGAGAAAGAAAAGAAAUGUCAACGAUGAGCUUGCGUAAGAAUCGCGCGAGAAACAAAGACGAAGCGAACAAAAAGCGAGAGAAAAAGGAAAAAGCGAAAAAGAGAAAACCAAAAAAAAAUUAAAGAGAUAGAAAAAGAUAAUUCCCAUUUUUUUUUUUUUUUGCGUGUUUACGCGCGAUCUCGUGCUCGCGAAUUUUUUUCUAUAAAAUGCGGGUUUUGAAACGAGAUCGUAUAUACAAAAUAAAACGAGAAACAAAUUUAAGAGAAAAAAAAAAUCGAAAAAAUCGAAAAACUACAACAGAUAUCUACAUCAUAUUUACAUACAAAAAAAAAGAGAAAUUAAACAAUGUCUAAUGUACUGCGCGCCUGAUUUUACCGUUGCAUAGCGUACGAGAAAUUCUCACUUAGGUAUUUGUAAGUACCGUUUAAGGGGGUGGGGGGGCAGUCAACAGAUAAUUAUACGCCAUUAGUUGCAUUUGAUCGAUAAUAUAUUUAAUUAGUUGGCAAUUUAUCCGUGGCUAGCAAUCUAUCUUUCUUUCGUCGACUCGACGAAGGAUUGCGUUUGAUCUCGAGAAACCGUGGUGCAUCCACAUGCAUUUCUUCGUUCAGAGGUUAGGAUUAUUCUAGUGUAAAUCAUUAGCUAAUAGAAGCGCUUUUAAAAUGAUUCAAUUUAUAUUAUUCCUUCGAAGGCUCCAUCGAUUUUUAAUAAUUCGACGAACACAUACAUAUAUACACAUUUACACAUUCACACAUAUAUACGCAUUCAUAUACACACACAAUCAUUCUAGUUACAUAUGAUAAUACUUACUUAUGUAUACCCGGCAUGUUCCAAUACGAACUGUCCCUUAAAAUACUUUCAUUAUUUUAGACGUACGAGCUUUCUCUCUCUCUAUUUCUCUUAUUUCGACUAUUAAUUACUUUUUCUUAGUAAUUUCUCGCUGCGUAUACUAUUUAAGAAUACCGAUUGUUGUAGCCAAUUACUGAUAGUUGAUAAAUUAUUAUUAAUACUUUAACGAGACAAAGGCUGUUGCAUUUAUUGUUUACGAAUUCGACGAUCGCUCUAGCUGCACGCACUGAUAUAAAAUAAUACUCUUUGUAUAGGGAAUAUAGAACCUUUUUCGAUCGAAAAUUCUCGAGAUCAAUACGCAAAUCUGAUUCGUCGACGUGUUUAGAGAACGAAACAUAUUAAAAAUGCGUGGCGUCAAGAAGGAUGCUGUACGAUGCGUUUCUGAUCGCUGCAUCGUGUUCGAAAAUUGUUCCUUUUUUGCGUUCAAAAUAUCACGUGAUGAUCAUCGUUUUGCGAUGAUUAUAUUUUUUCGCGAAAUAGUAAAAAAAAGACGAAACACGAUCAGUUCGCCGAAUAGUGAAAUAAACUCAAAAAGGAGAAUGAAAUAAAAAAUAAAUAAGGAAAGGGAUAAGAAAAAAGAAAGAGGAAGGAGCCACGCUAGUUAUAUUAAACGUACUAUAAUAAUGCGCUGCAUAGCAAUUCGUUUCUUCUCGAAGUACACACGUAUACAUAAUAUACAUAAAUAUAGGUUCUUUCCUUCGUAGUGCAUACAAUAAUUAAUUCUGGCGUAUUCAUUGCGUACUGUAUAAAUGUAUACAUAGCGUAAUGUAUUAAUUGCGUAAUUACCAUCCCGAAUGGCGGCGAUUUUAACGGUUCCAUUGUGCAAGGAAAGGAACCGCUUAAACGCGCUUUACAAAGUGAUUCAUAACAUGUUAUUUCUAUUUAAGAAGAAAAGACUCGGGCACGUUAAAAUGCUAUACAGUGUAAAACAAAGAAGACGAAAAAAAAGAUGAAUAAUAUUGUAUCUGUGCUGCCAUUAGCGUUAAAAAAAUGAAAGGAAAAAAUUUAAGAGAACAGACGAAGCCAAAGUAUAUAAUUAAUGAAAAACACGCGGGUAAUACAUAUACAUAUACAUAUAUAAUACACAAACACUUGGACACAUACACAUAUUCAUAUGUUCCACAUAGUGGAUCAUGUUUGGAGAUGAACAGGAAAAAAAAAUAUAUAUAUAUAAAUAAACAUAUGUUAUAUACAUACAUACAUAUACACAGUACACAAAUAUAUGCGUAUUAACGCAUACACACGUACAUUACAUACCCGACGAUGUAAUUAAUAAGUACUUUAAUCCUGACAAAAAUAAAUGAUUAAUUUCGCGGUAUGAGAAUGAUUUUAGGAGCCUUCGUGUUGAAUAAUUAGCAGUCUCAUUCCAUGUAUCGUAUAAUCGAGAGAUCGAGUGACCGUGAUCAGUACGUAUAUAGAGAUAAAAUCAUUAAAUGACAAAAAAAAAUGCGAAAUGAUAAUGAACCUGUUAAAAAAACGGUUCGUAGUGUGUACUGUAUUCGAAUGUGAUCAAUUUGUUACUUAUGUUACUUAUGUCCCUGAUUAUUGUUAUGUUGUGCUUAUUAUUAUUGCUGAUGUAUUAUUAUCAUAUUUAUUAUAACUCCGAGAAGUAUUAUCAUUAUUGUGAGUAUUAUUAGCUUUAUUAUCACGAUCAUUAUUAUUGAAUAUUAUUUAUUAUUAUUAUUACUACUAUUAUUAUUAUAUUACGCGAGCACGAUCAACCGCUCAUUUUUUUCUAGUCGAAUUUCUCUAGUCUUAAUUAGAGUACUGUCGAUACUCAGUCUCCCCCGUCCCCAAUAUUUGAUUUUUUGUCAAAUAAUCCCAAAAUGAUGCCACGCGUUGCAGGACGCGACAUAGAUCUUGCGUAAUAGAGUGAUGCAUUACCUGUGCAACAAAUGCAGUAUACAACCCGUAAAUAUGAGGUCAAUGUUGAUUUGUUUAAAUAAAUGUAAGUUUGAAAACUCACAA